GGGAAGGGAGAGAGAGAGAGAGAGAGAGAGAGAGAGAGAGAGACUAGAGAAGGGAGACUGAGAAGGGCAUGGAGAAUCCCAAUGUACAGAGCAGACAUCAGAGUGGAGACCAAUUAAAUUAGUGUUCCUUAUCUCACCUUCUCUGAUCUUCCAUUAAAACUUAUGAUUGUUUAUUUUUGAAUCUUCACUUCUCUUCUAAUUCUCGUCCCUACCCUACUAUACCAAACUCACUCACACAUCUCUCUCUCUAUCUAACAAUCUACCUGUUCCUCUGUUUCUUCCCGUGUGAUGUGGGUGUGAUCUGGGUGAGAAGGAGAAGUGGGCUAUGUGAUCUGAAAAGAGAGCUAUUAACAAUCCAACCCAUCAACCUUUUUUUAAUUUUUAACGGUUGGCUAGAUCGGAAGCUUUUAGGGUGUGAUGAGAGAAGAGAAGACUGAAAUGUCUGAAGAUGAAGACAGAACGGUGGAUCUUGGUGGCGCCACCUCCGGUGGCGGCGGUGGUGUAUUCCAUGAAACAUCAUCCAACAAGACCAUGAGUUGUCCCUUGCCAUGCCCAGAUCAAGUCCUCGAAAACGUUCUCGAGAACGUUCUUCUUUUCCUCACAUCUCGCCGCGACCGUAACUCUGUCUCUCUUGUCUGCAAGUCCUGGUAUAGGACUGAGGCGCAAACUCGGUCCGAGCUCUUUAUCGGCAACUGUUAUGCUGUGUCACCUGCCAGGGCGAUCGAGAGAUUCCAGAAGGUGAGGUCCUUGGUGUUGAAAGGGAAGCCAAGGUUUGCGGAUUUCAGUUUGGUGCCCAUCAAUUGGGGUGCCCACUUCUCACCCUGGGUUACUGCCAUGUCUUCUGCUAAUCCCUUGCUGGAAAAGGUAUACUUGAAGCGUAUGUCUGUCACUGAUGAAGAUUUGGACCUUCUCGCCAAUUCUUUCCCGGGUUUUAAAGAACUCGUUAUCGUUUGCUGUGAUGGUUUCAGUACCAGCGGCCUUGCUGCCGUAGCCAGCAAGUGCAGACAACUUCGAGUGCUUGAUCUGAUCGAUGACGAUGUUAUGGAUGAUGAACUGGACUGGAUAUCCUGUUUCCCAGAGACUGGGACGUGUCUUGAGUCUCUCAUCUUUGACUGUGUUGAUUGGCCUGUAAGCUUUGAAGCAUUGGAGCGACUGGUAGCUACUUCUCCUUCUUUGAGGAGGCUUAAGUUGAAUCGGCAUGUCUCCCUUGGGCAACUCCACCGCCUGAUGGUCCGAGCUCCACAGCUAACACAUCUUGGAACAGGGUCUUUCAGCUUGUUGGAGCAACCAGCACAAGAAGGUCAAGAUGCAAAUCUCUCUCAGGUUUUUGCCAAAUGCAAAUCCUUAAUCAGUCUCUCGGGAUUUAGUGAAAUAGUGCCAGACUAUCUCCCCACAAUCCAUCCAGUCUGUGCCAAACUUACCUCACUCAAUCUAAGCUAUGCCAGUAUCAAUGCUGAACAACUCAAGUCGGUUAUCUGUCACUGCCAUAGGCUUCAGACUUUCUGGGUCCUUGACUCUGUAUGCGAUGAAGGGCUUCAGGCUGUGGCUGCAACUUGCAAGGAACUCCUUGAGCUUCGGGUCUUCCCUAUGGACGCCCGUGAAGAUGGUGAAGGCUUUGUCUCUGAAGUGGGCCUUCUUGCAAUUUCUCAGGGUUGUAGAAAGCUGCGAUCCAUCCUAUAUUUUUGCCAGCAGAUGACGAAUGCAGCUGUGGUGGCUAUGUCAAAGAACUGUCCUGAUCUUGUGGUCUUCCGUCUCUGUAUAAUGGGACGCCACCGGCCUGAUCAUGUGACUAAAGAACCCAUGGAUGAAGGGUUUGGAGCCAUCGUAAUGAACUGUAAGAAGCUCACAAGGCUUGCAAUAUCUGGAUUGCUCACUGACAUGGCAUUCAAUUACAUUGGCAAGUAUGGGAAGUUGGUCCGCACCUUGUCUGUUGCAUUUGCAGGAAACACUGAUAUGGCAUUGAGGUAUGUGCUUGAGGGCUGCCCUAAAUUACAGAAGCUUGAGAUCAGGGACAGUCCAUUCGGCGAUUCUGCAUUGCUUUCUGGUCUGCACCACUACUACAACAUGAGAUUCCUAUGGAUGUCAUCAUGUAAACUGUCUCUUCAAGGUUGUAAAGAGGUUGCCCGAAGAAUGCCUCACCUUGUGGUUGAAGUAAUUAGGGAUGUAGAAGGUGCAAGCGAAGAUGCUGUAGAGAAGCUAUACAUGUACCGAUCUCUUGAAGGGUUUAGGCGUGAUAAACCGGAAUUUGUGACAAUCUUGUAGGUUUGUAUCUGUAGGCUAGUGUUGAAGGAUACAUCAUCUGAUAACACAAAAACAUGGUUGCCAAUGAACAAGUUAUAGUCAUUUCAGCUCUACUGGAGAGAGGAAUAUCGCGGGUACCUUUUAAAACCCACAAUUAGGUGCGGGAGUUCCUUGUCUAAAGAUGGUAGUACCUAUCAAUUUUUUCUUCGCUGGGCACAGUUGGAAUGUCAUUUGGAGUAGAAACCUGGUGAUGGAUAACAUGUAGUCUUUGCCAGGUGAUCUCCCAAGCGCAAGGGUUCGUGGAAGGGCCAUUGAUGUAGGUGAUGGAUGUUUCUAUAAGGUGGGGUUCACUCAUCCCAUGUUGUAUUUGUAGGUGAUCAAUUUUAAUGUUUCUCUAUUUAUCAUAAAAGAGAUGGGGAGGGGAGGAGCCCUCUCAUCAAAGUUUGGAGGAUCGGAGACCUGAUUUUUCCAAUUGUUUCAAGAUCAGAGAUCAGUAUGUUCGUCCAUGAUGAAGAAUGGGAGAGAUUCAGAAGGUGAAAAUUGGGAACUUCUAAAUUUUUUUCAGUGCUUUACAUAGGCUUCUUUCUGAAUGAAGACUCAGAUAUCUUUCUUCAAGUGGUAGUUGACUUCAAACUGUUACUGUUUAUUAUUUUAGAAUCAAGGGAGAUGCCCAGAAAUUGUUCUAAGAGAAUUGAAGAAAGAUUUAUUUCUCUUCCCUUUUCAUUCUUUUCCCAAUGUUUAUUUGAUUUUCUCAAA